AUGACUGGUGUGCAAGGAGAACCAUUACCCGAUAAUUUGUAUACAAGAGAUGGUACAGCUAUGGAUCGUGUUGAAGUAGCAAAUUUGGUACAAGCCGCCAUACAGUCGAAUCAGAAUCAAAUGAUUCAGAAUAUUAACUCCAUUAUGGCGGAUAUGAUUGAGAAAACCAUACGUGCGCAACUAGUGAACAAACUACGUUGGAUGAGUCCGAGGGCACCCCCUAAUUAUAUAAGACCAGGAGUUCCUAAGUUGUUGUAUGGUUUAAUUGAAUACAUACUACCAAACGACUUAUCAGUGGCUCAGCGAAGGUCUGAAAAGGAUGCCAUAAUAACGUUUAUAAUGGAGCUUAAUAAGCUACAAGUUGAGCACUCUCGACGUGGAUUUUGGGAUAGUUCGGUUCUUUAUAACAUAUCAAGUUUACAAGAUAUGUAUCCGAUUUUCAACUGGACCCUUCUUAUACCAAAAACCUGGAGUGGACCGAUAAUUGUGCGCAAUUCAGAUUACCUUAAGGCCUUAGAAGAAUUUUUUAGCAAAUACCCAUCUCGAGUUGCACAUAAUUCUAUACUACUGCUUUGCGCAUUAGAAAUUUUGCCUAAAGAUUAUGCAAAUGCUGAAGUUUGCACUCGUUCUACAAUGUGGGCAUUACCAGAUGUAACAUCUGCUUUAUACAUUUCGAAACAUUCUUCGGAUGAUAUAAUAGAAAAAACCAAGCGGGCAGAAGCUGUUUUUAAAUCUCUAAAGGCACAUUUAAAAAGGUCGCCAUCUUUAAAAGGUGCAGCAUUAGUAAAGCUCUCCGCCUUAAAAAUACAAUCGAAGACGUGGGAAGGAUUUAAAAAUAUUACAAAAUUAAUCAAAUCAAUGGAAACUCUAAAUAUCCAAUCAGAUAGUUGGUUUGAAAACGUUCUUCGAAUAUAUAAAAAAACCAAAUUAAUUCCAGACCCAAAUAAUAUGGUUAUGGUUUCCCAUGAUGCGUGGGCCUAUCCAAUUGUGUCAACUAUUUUUUAUGAUACUUUAAGCCAUUCAAUUGUUGUACCUUUAUCGGUUAUAUUGGCACCAUACUUCAAUUCUGGAUUGCCUCCAUAUUUGCACUAUGCUUCGGUUGGUGUAUCCAUUGCAAAAGAAAUUCUACGAUCAAUAACAAAGUCGUUUGACGAUAAAGCAAUGCGAUGUGUUCCACAUUCAGUCAAUAUAUUUUCGAAUUUUAGCAGAAUGGAUGUACUUAUACAUUCUGGAGGAAUGCAGAUUUCGUAUCACUCAAUGCUUUCUUUGACUGGUCCUGUUAAAGGAAUGUACCGACUACCAGGGCUAAAGUUGACACCAACGCAAAUUUUUUUCUUGAUUUCUGCCCAAGAACUUUGUGCGGAAUCAAAUUAUUUUGGAGUUGACACAAGCGCUGCUGAAUUCGAGAGUAUAUUGGGUUGGCUUAUUGCACAAGGUGGUAGCGCAACUGAAGUAUUUAAGUGCCCAUCUGGGUCUAUGAUUUUUGCUCAAAAAACGUGUAAUGUGCUUUAAGUAAAGUAUAUAAAGCAAUCAUGAAAACUAUUGUAAAAAUAAAAAUUUAAAAACAACAAAUAUAAUUAGA